AUGGGGCCUGUCAGGGCAGAGCCGCUCAAAGGCACUGGUUCCUUUCCGGUCCGUAACCGGAGCUCGGGCGUAGUUGCAGUACUCUUGGUUCUGCUCCCACUCAGCUUCUUCACAUUCGUUCAUGGAGAAAUCCCAACUACACUUGAUGGGCCCUUCAAGCCUGUCACCGUCCCACUUGAUACAAGCUUUCGAGGCAAUGCUGUUGACUUGCCAGACUCUGAUCCUCGAGUUCAGAGAAUCGUCAAAGGGUUCGAGCCUGAACAAAUCUCUGUCUCUCUCUCUGCAACCCACGACUCUGUUUGGAUAUCUUGGAUCACAGGGGAAUUUCAAAUUGGGGACAACAUAACGCCAUUGGAUCCAGAAAAUGUUGCAAGUGUUGUUGUAUAUGGAAGAUAUGAACAUCCAAUGACUAAUCAAUCGACAGGGUAUUCUCUUGUUUACAAUCAGCUCUACGAGCUUGAAGGCCUUCAAAACUACACUUCCGGAAUCAUACAUCAUGUUCGCCUCACAGGACUGAUGCCCAACACCCUGUAUCAGUAUCAAUGUGGAGAUCCUUCUAUUCCAGCAAUGAGUAAUGUUUCUUAUUUCCAGACUAUGCCAGUAUCUGGGCCUGAGAGUUACCCUAGCAGAAUAGCUGUGGUUGGGGACCUGGGUCUUACAUAUAACACCACCUCAACUGUUGAUCAUUUGUUGAUCAACCAUCCCAAUCUUCUUUUAUUGGUGGGGGAUGUUAGUUAUGCUAAUCUGUAUUUUACAAAUGGAACUGCGGAAGGGUGCUUUCAUGAGCAAACUUAUCAGCCUCGUUGGGAUUACUGGGGAAGGUACAUACAGCCUCUAGUGUCCAAAGUUCCAGUAAUGGUAGUAGAAGGGGACCAUGAGAUUGAGAAACAGGCUGGAAAUCAAAUGUUUGCUGCUUACAAUUCGCGAUUUGCAUUCCCCUCGGAAGAGAGUGGAUCAUCAUCUUCGUUAUUCUAUUCUUUCAAUGCAGGGGGGAUACACUUUGUAAUGCUCGGUGCCUACACAUCCUAUGACAAAUCAGGGGACCAGUAUAACUGGUUAGAGCUAGAUCUGGCGAAUGUUGACAGAAAUGUGACUCCAUGGUUGGUAGCUGCAUGGCACCCACCAUGGUACAGCACUUACACAGCACACUACAGAGAAGCGGAGUGCAUGAGAAUUGAGUUAGAAGACAUACUUUAUAAGUAUGGCGUUGAUAUCGUCUUCAAUGGCCAUGUUCAUGCCUAUGAGAGGUCAAAUCGAGUAUAUAACUACACUUUAGAUCCUUGUGGUCCUGUUUAUAUCACAGUUGGUGAUGGCGGUAACAGUGAGAUGAUGGAAAUUGCACACGCGGAUGACCCUGGAAACUGCCCGCAACCAUAUACAAUUCCUGGUGAAAAUAUGGUGGUUUUCUGUGCAUUUAAUUUUACUUCAGGUCCAGCAGCAGGAAAGUUCUGUUGGGACGAGCAACCCGAGUAUAGUGCAUAUAGAGAAAGCAGCUUUGGCCAUGGGCUUCUAGAGGUGAGAAAUGAGACUCAUGCUUUAUGGACAUGGCAUCGAAAUCGGGACUUGUACAAUCAUGCUGGAGAUCAAAUUUACAUAGUAAGGCAGCCUGAUAUAUGUCCAGUAAGGCCAAUGGGCUGGGGCCGAGCUUCUGAAUAG